AGUGAUAUAAGUAAUGUGAGCGAAAAUCAAGAUUUACAAGAAAUUGCAUUUUUUACAAAAAAACUGCAUGUAAAUCAAAUUAUUUAUACUGCAUUAUCUGUGGAAUAUCCAGCAAUAUCUAAAAAUAGAGUUGCAACUAUAUAUGG